AUGCCUCUUCGCUCAGACCAGCGCCAGCAGCGCCAGCAGCGCCAGCAGCAGUACAUCGUGGAGCUGCGCGGCGCGCCCCUCGCCACGUACCGCGGACACCUCCCCGGCUUCCCCGCCACCGCGCCCAGGGACGAGGGGACCGACCCCCACUCCGCCUCCCCCCUCCCCCCGUCUCAGGGCGAACCGCCCCACAGCGAGCAGCAGCAGCAGCAGCAAGGGCGGCAGCGGCGGCGGGGAAUAGACAUGAGGGCGGGGCACGUGAGGGCGCUGAGGCGGGCGCUGCAGCGGCAGCAGGAGCAGGUGGCGGCGGACGCGGGGGUGGCACCGGCUGCCGUGCUGCAGCACCUGCACACCGUCGCCCACGCGUUCGCCGCUGCUCUGUCCCCGCGGCAGGUGUGGCGCCUCAAGAGGCACCCCGCGGUGGCGUCGGUGCGGGCCGGCCGUGUGUUCCAAGCGCCCCACGCCCCCACCGCGCCGCUGUGGCGUGCUCGCCCCACGCGUGGCUGGAAUGCAUCUGGCGCCACGGCCUCUGAGCCGCGCUCGUACGAUGCGGACGCGGCGUCGUUCAUGGGCCUGCCCGGGUCGCUGUGGCAGCAGGCGGGCGGGCAGAGCAGCGCGGGCACGGAUGUGGUGGUGGGGGUGGUGGGGUCGGGCAUCUGGCCCGAGCACCCCGCAUUCGAUGCCUCCGCGUUCAGCGGUGUGCCAGCAGGGUGGCAGGGCGCGUGCGACACAACGCCCGACUUCUCGUGCAGUGGGAAGGUCAUCGGCGCGCGGCGGCUGUACGCAGCGAACCAGCAGAGCACUGGCGGGCCGGACUUCAGCGCCGAGUAUGACUCGCCACGUGACAUGGAUGGCCGCGGCACGUGGAGCGCAGCAGCAGCGGUGGGCAACGCAGUGACGUGGGCGGACGGGGCGAGGACGAGCGGCAUGGCGCCAGGGGCGAGGGUGGCGGUGUACAAGGCGGUGUGGGCGGGGUACGGGUUUGAGGCGGACGUGCUGGCGGGCGUGGACCAGGCCGUGGCGGACGGCGUGCACGUGCUCUCCCUCUCUGUGGGCGCCUUCAAGGCCUCCCAGGCCAACUACUUCACUGACGCCCCCUUCCUGCGCGCCCAUGCUGUGAGCAAGCCAGGGAGGAGAGGGGGCGCAGGGAGGGUGCACUCCGCAGAGAGGGAGGCGAGUUCAGUGGACGUUGAUUGCGUGGUGGUGGUGAUGGCGGCGGGUGACUGGGGGCAGCCCAACUUCUGGCGGCUGCUGGGGGCGUACAUACGAGUCAUCGACAACUUCUCACCCUUCUACCUCACUGUGGGCGCCAGCACGAUUGCAGGGCAAGGGCGGUUGUCAGCUGUGGCCUCUGCAAGCUACACCAGCACAGCCUUGACACCUGCUGCCAGCAAUGCCAGUGACUUCAACGCCACGGCACCGCAAUCAUGGGUAUCAGCAGCAGAAGCACAGCCAGCCGCCACAGCAGCGGCCACAGUGGCGGCCUUCUCCUCAUCGGGCCCGCUGGUGUGGCCGUGGUACCGCGUGCGCCCGCCCUUCCCCACCAACUCUCUGCUCAAGCCCGACCUCAUCGCGCCUGGUGUGGACCUCUGGUCCGCCGCCCCCGCCGCCACCAUCGGCGCCCCUGGGGACCGCAUCAACCGCACCGGCACAUACCUAGCAGCACCGCUCGUGGCGGGCAUUGCGGCGGUGCUCGUGCAGCUGCGCCCCUCAUGGUCGCCCGCGCAGGUGAUGUCAGCGCUCAUGACGUCCGCUCGCACCACCACGGCGGGCGGUGCACCCGUGCGCACGGCGGCGGGCAGGAAGGCCACGCCGUGGCAGAUGGGGUGUGGGGUGGUGCAGGCAGCGGGCGCGGCGGACCCCGGGCUGACCUUCGACGCCAGCGAGCGCCAUUUCCGCAACUUCCUCGCCGGGCAGAGCUGGUUCCGCGCGCGCAGGCUCUUCCCCGCCGCCUCUCUCGCCCGCCUGCCGCCGCGCAACCUGAACCGGGCAUCCAUCGCACUGGGGCGUGCCAAGGGCGUGACCAUCAUCCUGCGCACCGUCACGAGCGUGGCGGCCGUGCCGUCCACUUACACGGCCACCGUGGUCAACCCCUGGGGUGUCGUGCUCACCGUGACGCCACGGCGAUUCACGAUUGCACCGGGCGAGAGUGUGACGUACAGGGUGGUGGUGCGCGUGGUGGGCAAGUCGAUGAAUUUCUUCUACGGCAGCAUCACGUGGCGCGACGAGGUGGGCCAUGUGGUGCGCUCGCCCGUGGUGGUGCAGCCGCAGCGCCUGCUCAAGUGGUGCAUCGGGUGCACCAAGGGUGGUGUCAUCAAGUGGCCUGGCGGGCCGCCAUAA